AGCUAGCGGGGGUGCAUGUGGAGAGUCACUGUACGGCAGCAAUAGAGAGAAGCCUGCUGUAUAAGUUGCGACGGCCUGACUCCAGCAGCAAUUUAAACCUUCUUCUUACUGUCCCCAGCUUGUGGCAACAGCAACAUGUGUGACGCUGAUAUUAAAGUAAAAGAGCUGGAAAAGCGUGCUUCUGGUCAAGCAUUUGAGCUAAUCCUGAGUCCUCCAUCUUCGGAUGCUGCACCAGAUCUUUCCAUUGCUUCACCCAAGAAAAAGGAAUGCUCCUUGGAAGAAAUUCAAAAGAAACUAGAAGCUGCAGAAGAAAGGCGCAAAUCACAUGAAGCUGAAAUAUUGAAGCAGCUUGCUGAAAAGCGAGAACAUGAAAAGGAGGUCCUGCAAAAGGCUAUUGAAGAGAACAACAACUUUAGUAAAAUGGCAGAAGAAAAGCUAACUACAAAAAUGGAAACCAUUAAAGAAAAUAGAGAUGCUCAAAUGGCCGCGAAACUGGAACGGUUGCGAGAGAAGGAUAAAAAAGUGGAAGAAAUCAGAAAGGGGAAAGAAUGCAAAGAACCCUCUGAGGACUGAUUCUUAUGUGAGAAGACUGGCUUAAGCAUUCCAGAACUACUACAGUCAAGGGUUCCCCUUCCUUCUCCAUAUUUGUCUAGCAGCUGUAAUAAUGUAGACUGAUAAUCUUCACCCUAAUCACUGGGAUAAGAAGAAACUGUUGCCUUAUCCCGAUUUCUUGUACUGGUUUCUGUUGUAUUGUGCUGAAAAGUUUUGGUGUGGAAGUUUCUAGUAUUGUUACGCCAGUGUUCAGACUGUUACAUAUUGCACUUAAAUCUCAGUGGUUUAUUACUUGUACUUUGUCUUAAUAAAAACAUUCCAAAAAUGUCACACUUAAA